UAAAUAUGAGGAGUAAAUAUUUGCCCCAACUCCCUGAUUUCCUAACCAACACAGCACACUACCAUUUUGAAUCCCUUUUUUGUUCACUCCAAAUGCUGUGUCUCUGUUUGAAAAGCUCCAAUUUCUUGCUGGGAAGAUGCAGCAGAAAGCAGCAGCCAUGGGCAUGGAUGGAGUGAGAAGCAAUGUGAAAGUUAUUGAGAGUGCAAGAAGAAGAUUGAGAUGGCCUUUUGAUGGGGUUGUGAGGUUUUUGGGUCUGGUUUUUACUUUGGUUGCUGCUGUGAUUGUGGGAGUUGAUAAUGAGUCUAAGAUUAUUUCUGUUACUCUCAUCAAAAGCUUGCCUCCUCUCCAUUUUUAUGCCUCUGCUAAAUGGCAAUACAUGUCUGCUUUUAAGUACUUCGUGGUGUCGAAUUGCAUAGCAUGUGCGUAUGCAGCUGUGUCGUUGGUGUACUCGUUCGUAACCAGAGGUUACGAGAAUAAUCCAUCGAGAUCAUUGUUGCUCAUAACCUUCGACCUAAUCAUGGUGGGGCUAUUGUCCUCAGCCGAUGGCGCUGCUGCAGCCAUAGGAGUCAUCGGUCGAGCCGGGAACUCACACAUGCACUGGAUAAAAGUCUGUGGUUUCUUUGAAGGCUACUGUCACCACUUCACAGCUUCCCUUGUCAUCUCCAUUGCUGGUUCUGUCAUGUUUCUUUGUUUGGUUGUGCUUUCUAUUCUGAAUCUUCACAAAAAAUGAAAUUAGGAGAUUGAAUGUGUUUGUUUUUGGUAGGUGUUACUGGAUUUGUACUAGAAGUGUAUGGUUUGAAGUAAAUAUGCUCCUUUUGACU